CCCGCACCCGCCGCCUGUCACUCCUCUCUGCCUCUGCUCCUGCUAACAUGGCGGUGCUGCUGAAACCCAGUCUGCUGUCCGGCGUGACCCGCUACCAGCCCUGCCUGGGAGCCCUGCACGGGAGAGCGAGCUCCUGGUGGUCUCAUGUGGAGAUGGGGCCCCCUGACCCCAUCCUGGGCGUUACAGAAGCUUUCAAGAGAGACACGAACCCCAAGAAGAUGAACCUGGGGGUGGGGGCGUAUCGGGAUGACGCUGGGAAGCCCUUUGUCCUGAGCAGCGUGCGGAAGGCCGAGGCGCAGAUGGCAGCCAAGAACCUGGACAAGGAGUACCUGCCUAUUGGAGGGCUGGCAGAAUUUGCCCGGGCAUCGGCUCAGCUGGCGCUUGGUGACAACGCCGAGGUGGUACAGAGUGGACGGUAUAUCACUGUACAGACCAUCUCUGGAACUGGAUCUCUGCGAGUCGGAGGCAACUUCUUGCAACGGUUCUAUAAAGCCAGCCGGGACGUGUACCUGCCCAAGCCGUCCUGGGGCAACCACACCCCAAUCUUCCGUGAUGCUGGAUUGGAGCUUAAAGGAUACAGAUAUUAUGACCCUAAGACCUGCGGCUUUGAUUUUUCUGGGGCUCUGGAUGAUAUUUCGAAAAUCCCAGAGCAGAGCAUCAUCCUUUUCCACGCCUGCGCUCACAACCCCACCGGCGUGGACCCCAAGAAAGAGCAGUGGAAGGAGUUGGCAGCUGUGGUUAAGAGUCGCCGCCUGUUCCCCUUCUUUGAUAUGGCUUACCAAGGCUUUGCCAGCGGAGAUAUUGACCGGGAUGCCUGGGCCGUACGUCACUUCAUCCAGGAGGGCCUCAAUGUUGUGGUCUCCCAGUCCUAUGCGAAGAACAUGGGGCUCUAUGGUGAACGUGUCGGCGCUUUCACUGUGGUCUGCAGUGAUGUCGAUGAAGCCAAGAGAGUGGAAUCCCAGCUGAAAAUCCUGAUUCGUCCCAUGUACUCAAACCCUCCUCUUAAUGGGGCGAGAAUAGCCGCCGCCAUACUGACCCAGCCAGACCUGCGUGGCGAGUGGCUGCAGGAGGUGAAGGGUAUGGCCAACCGCAUUAUCAGCAUGCGCGAGCAGCUGGUGUCCAACCUGAAGAAGGAAGGCUCCAUACAUAGCUGGCAGCACAUAAGCGACCAGAUCGGCAUGUUCUGCUUCACCGGCUUACGCCCAGAACAGGUGGAGCGUCUCACAAAGGAAUUCUCCAUCUACAUGACCAAGGAUGGUCGGAUCUCUGUAGCCGGUGUCACAUCGGGAAAUGUUGGCUAUCUCGCUCACGCCAUCCAUCAGGUCUCCAAGUGAGGGAAGAGUCGCCAUGUAUGGAAAGCCCCUCCCCCGGCGCAGAGAACUGUACACCCCAGCCCAGUGUAUCCAUUGAUGUACCUUUAGAACUGUUACAGAUACCCCAGUGUUAAAGAUCUCCCCUGUCCAUGAACUAUGUCUGAUUCCUUGUUGCUGCUCCUAAGUAAAAGGAAGUAUGUGAACCUGGGACCGCUCUGGCGUCCUGGAGCUUCCCUGGGAAAACGCCGCUGUAGAAGAUGCACCACCUGGUGACCAGGAAGGAUUCCUCAGCGGGUUUCCCAUCUCAAGCCUAUAAAUCAUAGGUUCUAAUACUGGCCCCAUCAGCUUCCGCCGUCACAUCACCCAGCCAUUCUGACAGUCCUGGGGUGCUGGUGUCCGGGGGAGAGGAACAGCUGAAUAGUACUCUGAAUGUAUUGUUGCAAUAAAAUGAAUUUGGGAAUGUU